CCCAUCUGUAUUUUGUCAACAUUUUUUUGUGUUAAUUUAAUCUCGUUUUGCGGAAGUAAAGAUAUCUAGUAGACAUUUAAUAUAUUUAUUGCAAAGUGACUUUAAAACGAUACAAGGCUUUGAUUAAAAACUAAAUGUGACAUAGAAACAGAGAGCAGAAAGAAAGAUUAUUGAAAUAAUAAUAAUUUUACUUGAUAUUAGUCAUCAAAUCACCCCAUUCAUCGGAAUUAAUCUAAUUAAUUAUUAACUGCAUUGUUUCGUACUUUGUGUGUUACGGAUCGAAAAGAAUAUAGCAUAAAACGAUGCGAGUUACAGUGCUUUAUGAUUUUACAAGUGAAAUCGAAAAUGAGUUGUCUAUAAUCGCUGGAGAAAUUCUGACUGUAACUGAUCCGGACGUAGGCAAUGGCUGGUGGGAAGGGAUGAAUACAAAAGGAAAACGAGGUAUUUUUCCUGCCUCUUACGUGGAAGAAAUUAAAACUCCAAUACGUCCAAUAGCACCAAUAGUCCAACCGCCAAUGACAAAUACAAAUUCCUAUUAUAAUAAUGAACCACUAGCAUCGACUCCAGCUGCUGAUGAUCCAUGGGCGACUUCAAGUCCAGUAAUUCCUCCAUCAUACAAUAAUACACAAGCUUCGCACUCUCAACAACAUCGCUAUGAUUACUCAAACGAGGAUAAUUAUGAAUAUGACUCAGAUUUUGAUGAUGAUGAUACUGCAAGUCGAUAUAAUGCUCCAAGUAGCGCUCCAUCAUCAGCAGGAUAUACUAAUGUGCAAUUACCACCUACACCUGAUGACACACAAUCUAUAGCAAGUAGUAUGGCUGUUGCUAGAAAAUCAAAAAUGUUUUCAAAAUCAUCAGAUUCUUAUAUUAUGGGCACUGCAAGUAUUACAGUCGAUAUGAGAGAUCAGAUUCAAAUCUUUAUGAAUGAACAGAAUCUAUAUUUCUGGAAGCCAAUUGAUGAAAAUUAUAUAGUCACUGUGACAUCACCCAAAAUGGAAAGCAAAUUUAAAGGCAUUAAAAAGUUUAUAGCUUAUCAACUGACGCCGAGUUUUAACAAUGAUCCAGUUUCACGAAGGUAUAAAAACUUUGAUUGGCUGCACGAACGACUCGUUGAAAAGUAUUGUCUUAUUCCUAUUCCACCAUUGCCUGACAAGCAAAUUUCUGGUCGCUAUGAAGAGCAUUUCAUUGAACAUCGUAGAGCUCAAUUGCAGGAAUUUGUUGACUGGGUUUGUCGUCAUCCUGUCCUUUCGAGAUGUGACGUUUGGAUGCAUUUUUUGACAUGUAAAGAUCAGAAAAAAUGGAAAGCAGGCAAAAGAGCAGCCGAGAAAGAUCCAUUGCAAGGCUCAACAUUUUGCGCAGCAAUUCGUGUGACACCGGAAAAAGCCUUACUUCCUUCAUUUGUGGAUACACAAAUAGAGUUUUGUAAGAACUUUACAAUUACAAUGGAUGGAGCGAUUAAAAUGCUCGAAUCAGCCAGUGCAGAUCAGACAAGCAAAUAUACGAAUAUAUUCAAAAGGGAUUAUCAAAAACUAGGAGAUUGUUUUAGUGAAUGUGCUAAAGCACUAGAUAUUGAUGAAAGACGUAUUAAUACAGGAUUUUCUUUGUCGCAAAGCGUUGGAAAUACUGCAGGCAUUUUUAUAUCAAUUGGCAAGCUUUAUGAGGAACAGGCUAAAAGAGAUUGGCAACCAUUCUGCGAUAAACUGCAUGUUUAUCGUGGAAUUCUUAGCUCGUUUCCGGAUAUUCUUUCAGAACAUAAAAAUGCACAGCAAAAACGAAAAGAAUGUGAAAAGCUAGCUUUUGAUCAGAAAAUGUCGAAUUUACAAAUUCAGGAAGUUAAUCGUCGUGUGGACUUAAUGACUAUUAGCGUCCUAGCUGAACAGUCUCAUUUUCGACAAGAACGUGAUAGUCACUUAAAAUUAACAAUGAAGAACUUACUUGAAGAGCAAGUAGCCUUUUAUCAGACAAUCGUUUCUAAACUCCAAACUGCACAACGCUAUUUCGAAUAAGUGCCUUAAUCCACUUGAUUCCUGUCGCUUACUCUAUUUUUUAUCAAAAAAAUAAUUCAAGGGCAUUCCAUUUUUAUCAUGGAACUCGACAUACAUUUAAUUAUUAUUAUUUUUUCUUGUUUUCAAAAAGCAUAAACAUAUAAGUGUUAAUUAAUCAGUUUUUUUUUCUCUUUGUUAUUUCUCAUAUCUCUUUUUUUUUGCUCACAUUUAACUUUCCAAAAAGCAUACUUUAUACACUCCAAAGAGGUAACAUAACAUCAAAUAUUGUUUUUAUGCAUUUAUGUGUGAAAUCAAGUUUAUGCUACCUCUUUGAAUACAAAAUCUUGAAUGACAAAAAUAUUAAUUAUAUUUGUUUCGAAUCAAUUAUCGUAUUGAGUUACAGAGCAUACUUCACACGUGAUCUAUAAUAUUGCGGCCUUUAAAAUGAAACAAUGCAUAAAAUACAAAGCUAAUAAAUAUAUAUUAUACAAAUAAUUAUAGCUUUUUUAAUUUUCAACUCUCAA